AUGCCGCUCAACAGAGGCAACACCUGGCGCUCACACGGGCGACAGGAUGAAACAGCAAUACCGCAGACUACCAAACUCGUACUUGCUUCGGGUCCCCAGAAGAUUGCCUCCCAGGUGGGCUUUACAUCAACACCACGAAGCCAGGAUGCAGAAUCUCCAUCAGUCUUUGAAAAGUUUGCCCACUGGCUCAACAGGGACAGGAGUCAUGCUCAAAUUGAAUCUACAAGAGACACUUCUGAACCAAAGCUUGGGAAGAAGCGUCGCAAACACAAAUCAAAACCAGAUUCUCAUCCGGACGCCGAUUCACAUCAGUCGAGAUCACCUUCAACCGAUUUCCAGGACUUGCUUCCACAGUCUGCAGAUGAUAAAGGUGUGCAGUUGAGGACCCAAACGACCUUGGAUCAAAUAGAGCUUUUCGUCCAAAAUUUCUUUCAGGUAAAGCAUUCCAAGCUGGAGGAAUCACUGGACUUGGAGCUUUCCAAAUUUGCCACUCCGGAGUUCAAGCAGCCAUUGACAGCUUUGCUGGCCAGACCUGACUUUACACUGAAUGUGAUUACGCACUGUCUGGCAAUGAGCGUGCUCACGGCGAUUGAACCUGGGUGUGUGAGGGAGAAGUCUCUCCUCCCCUCAGAUCUUAACUUCCUUCCUUACAAGCUUUACGAGGAUCGAACGUAUGCAAAAAGGAGAGCUGGCCACUCCCAGUUGUUGUCACGCUGGCGUGUUCUUAGCGUCCAUCUCCGCCCAGACGCGUUGACUGAUGAAGAACACCUCGCAGAACGGGACCGCAAGAUUGCGGCCGCAGUCCAAGCGUUCUUGCAAGCAUUCAAGCCUUGGGUCAACCCAGAUUUCCAAGAUGAGGAACGGGCGAGGGGCUUGACCCUCCUCUACAAGGACGCGGCUCAUCUUGGACUCUUUCUAUUCGCUCAGCCGCCGGAGCUACUUUUUCGGCUGCCUUCUAGCAAAGAACGUCGGGAGGGUAGCCUUAUUGUAAUCCCUGCCUUGUACAGGUUUACCGACGAAUACGGGCGGAGACUGCAACAAGACGAAAUACUCGUGAAGCCACUGACGUUCGAGCCAACACAUCAGACUGCAGCGCAAGACACACAGGGGCCGGUCAGACCUCCAUCGGCAAGGCAGAUGAUUCCUCGCAAAAGCCUUGGGGCUAUCUGA